AUGUCAGAUUCCAACACAACUGACUACACCAACCCCUCCACCUUCAUCCUGCUGGGAAUUCCUGGCCUGGAGAUGGCCCAUGUCUGGAUCUCCAUCCCCUUCUGCUCCAUGUAUGUGAUAGCUGUCUUGGGAAACUUUUCCAUUCUGUGCAUUGUGAAGAUGACGCCGAUCCUCCAUGGGCCCAUGUACUAUUUCCUCUGCAUGCUGGCUGUCACCGACCUGGCCCUGUCCACGUCCAUCCUGCCCAAAAUGCUGAGCAUCUUCUGGUUCAAUUCCAGGGAGAUCGAUUUCAGUGCCUGCCUCACCCAGAUGUACUUCAUUCACUGCUUCUCAGCAGUGGAAUCUGGGAUCUUGGCAGCCAUGGCUUUGGAUCGCUACGUGGCCAUCUGCCAUCCCCUGAGACAUUCCACCAUCCUGACAAACCCCGUGGUGGCCAAGAUUGGUCUUGCCGUGCUCCUGCGCAGCAGCAUACUCGUACUGCCCAAUCCCUUCCUGGUGCGUCGGUGCCCCUAUUACAGAACCAGCAUCAUUCCCCACACGUACUGCGAGCACAUAGCUGUGGUAAAGUUGGCCUGUACUGACAUCAGUGCCAAUAAUUACUUUGGCCUCUCUUUGGCAUUCUUCAUCACUGGUCUGGAUGUGGCUUUUAUCACCGUGUCCUAUAUUCAGAUCCUCAGGGCUGUCUUAGGCCUCCCCACAAAGGAUGCCCAGCUCAAAACUUUUGGGACCUGCAGCUCCCACCUCUGUGUCAUCUUAACCUUUUACAUCCCAGCUCUCUUCUCCAUCCUCACGCACCGGUUUGGCCACAAUGUGGCCCUGCAUUUCCAUGUUCUCAGUGCCAACGUGUACCUCCUAGUGCCCCCCAUGCUAAACCCCAUCAUCUAUGGUAUGAGGACCAAACAGAUCCGGGACAGUCUGCUCCGGCUCUUUACUCAUAUAGGGACCUAA